AUGUAAUUGUAAUAUAAUAUAUAAUUUCACCUGUUGUCUAGAUCUUUUAAGAUUCUUUAAUUCUAAAACACAAAGUGGUUGUUGAUUCUGUUGAAGUACUGACUAGCCUAUUUUCUGAAAGUUCAAGCAUAAUUUAUUGGAGAGAAUUAAUGCCGUGCAUACACUUUUAGGAUUGCCUUUCAAGUGAGCAUUUAACAAAAUACAUCCCAAGGCAAGCUCAUCUGAUCAUGUUUUAUGCAUGGUUUUCAGAGAGUGAAAAUCACUCCCCAGGGGUAUUGUAAUUAGAAGAUAGGCAUAGGGAUAGAAAAUAGUGUUGAGUUCCUAUUCUAGAUUUAUAAUCACUGUAUGCCAGGGAUGUACCCUUAGCACGUUUGGCAUAUUUUUAAGGAACUCUGAGACCAUUUGGAUCUUGGGAAGACGUUUCAUUAAUUUGUUCUUUUUUAUGUGUGUAUAUAUAUACAAUUUACUCAGUUUUUUUUUUCUUUAGUUACAAGUUACCAUACGGACUAAAAACGUAGAAAAGCCUCAUAAAUACCUUACUUUUCUAAAAUUCCAUAGAAUUGUUUUGUUAUGGACCUGGCAGAAAGAGUUCGUCUGAGGGUUUUUUUUUUUUUUUUUAAGUUCUUUAUUUUGAUUUUCAUUAAAAAAUCCGCUUCAUUUCAAGUUUCUCUUCCUGGAGUCAAUUACAUGGAUUUCACCCUGUGGUAACUUUUGAAGAAAUGUAACUCGCUGUCUUUCCUGGGUCUUCUUUUCAAAGCAGGUCCAUUUCCCUUACUUAGAAUCUUAGCACUCACUCUUGGGGCGCCCCGAAAAAGCACCUUGGCACCUCCCACUUGGGGCGGGAACGAAUCACAAGCUUCUGCAAAGUUGAUGGACGGGACGGUACUGAGCCAAGCCUCGUUGCUGUCAUCGCUGGACACUGGCGAUUGGUUGCGGGGGUACGGCGCGGAACCAAUGGGAGCGGCUUCCCGGGAGAGUCCGUGGAGCGCGCGGGAAAGAGACCAAUAUAAACUGUGGCGGGAGAUUCGUUUUCGGGUCCUUGUCCAGUUAAACACCCUCGGUUGGGAAGUCAUUGAUUGCUCACCUCUCCUCGCGUUUGAAUAUGGUGCGGACUAAAGCGGACAGUGUCCGAGGCACCUACAGAAAAGUGGUGGCUUCUCGAGCCCCCAGGAAGGUGCUUGGUUCCUCCACUUCUGCCAGUAAUUCCGCAUCGCUUUCGUCGAGGAAAGUUGAAAAUAAGUAUGCCGGAGGGAAUCCAGUUUGUGUGCGCCCAACUCCCAAGUGGCAAAAAGGAAUCGGAGAAUUCUUUGGGCUGUCCCCUAAAGAUUCUGACAAAGAGAAUCGAAUUCCUGAAGAGGCAGGAAGCAGUGGCUUAGGAAAAGCGAAAAGAAAAAAAUGUGAGUCCCCAAUUGGACUGACUUACAGAGAAUCUGAAGGAUUUCACCAGAUAACAAAUGCUAAUAUUAAAUCUGCUGGGAGUUUCACGUACAAGACUGAAGAGAGACAAACAUUGAAAAUUAAUGAUGUGACCAGGGGCACCUGGCUGGCUCCAACUUCAACUCAGGUCAUGAUCUCACGGUUCGUGAGUUUGAGCCCCAUGUCUGGCUCUGUGCUGACAGCUCAGAGGCUGUAGCCUGCUUUGGAUUCUGUGUCUUCCUCUCUCUGCUCCUCCCUUGCUCAAGCUCUGUCUCUGUCUCUCAAAAAUGAAUAAACAUUAAAAAAAAAUUUUUUUUAAAGAAAUAGACACUCCAUGAAAUUUUUGGUUCAUGUUUUCACACACUGAUGCUUAAAUGUUACAGUAUCCAGUAUGGCCAUAAUAGGCUUAAGAUGUGUUAAAUCGGGGCACCUGGGUGGCUCAGUCGGUUGAGCGACCAACUUUGGCUCAGGUCAUGAUCUCAUAGUUUGUCAGUUCGAGCCCUGCAUUGGGCUCUGUGCUGACAGCUCAGAGCCUGGAGCCUGCUUCUGAUUCUGUCUCCCUCUCUCUGUCCCUCCCCCACUCAUGCUCUGUCUCUGUCUCAGAAAUAAAUAAACAUUAAAAAAAAAAAAAGUGUUAAAUCAAGUUAAACCUUAUUUAUUUAUUUGUUUGUUUGUUUAUUUAUUUAGUACAAGUGGGAAAGGGGCAGAGAGAGAGAGAGAGAGGAAAAGAGAAAAAUCCCAAGCAGGCUCCAUGGGGCUCAAUGCAGGGCUUAUCAUGAACCAUGAUAUCCUUACCUGAGUUGAAAUCAAGAGUUGGAUGCUUAACUGACUAAUCCUCCAGGCACCCUAGAUUUUUUUUUUUUUUUAAGUAAUCUCUACACUCAAUGUGGGGCUCAAACCUAUAAUCCCGAGAUCGAGAGUCACGGGCUGACUCAUCAAUGCUCCACGGACUGAACCAACCAGGCAUACCUUUUUGGCAAUCUUUACACCCAACAUGGGGUUCAAACUUAACAACUCUGAAGUCAUGAGUUGUAUGCUCUUCUGACUGAGCCAGCCAGGC